UUUUUUUUUUUUUUCAAGCCUCCCACCAGCACCAGGGCCCGGCAUGGGAGGCAUCACCACCCCCUUUCAGUGUCUGAUCCAUGCUCCUUUUCGUGCUGCUUCUUCUUCGCUCCUCGUUCUUUGCACCCCACUCUACUUGCACUGGCAGAGAAACUCUGUCUGGCUUUCCACCACACACACCCCCUACGCCUCUCUCGAUGAAAGACUAAGACUAAUACCGUCCCGACAGAGGCGGCUGUUGCUGUUGGCUCGACUGGGGGCCCUCCUCGAAGGGGCUUUGCCAUUGCGUUAAUCGAAGCCUGAUGGUGGUCCCAGACACCCUGGUGCGAGGCGGCGCCUCUGCCCUACCAUGCCAUGUACUCGCAGCGUGGUACCUUGAGAUGUACGAGC